CGUUUUAACGAGCUGUCUUUCCCCCACAUGGUGGUGGUCUUCAGGAACCCGAAGGACACGCUGGUCUCCUACUAUCAUUUCUGCAACAACAACCCGGUUCUGCCGUCCGUCGGCUCCUGGGAUGCUUUCUUCUCCCAGUUCAUGAAAGGAGACGUGGCCUGGGGCUCGUACUUUGACCACGCCUUAGCCUGGAACAAGAAGAUGGACGACCCAAACGUCCUGGUGGUCACCUAUGAAGACCUGAAACAGGACCUCAGUGCAGGCAUCCACCAGAUCUCCAGCUUCCUCGGCUUCAGCCUGACGGACGCUCAGGUGCAGCAGAUCGCAGCGGCGAGCACCUUCAGCGCCAUGAAGGAGAGCGCGGCCAACUCGCACGGCAACAUGGGGAACGUCAUCUUCAGGAAAGGUGAGGUUGGAGACUGGAAGAACCAUUUUACCGCAGAACAGAGUGUAGAGAUGGACGAAGCUUUCAACAAGCAGCUGGCAGGAACGAAGCUGGGGGAGAAACUGGACUACCAGCGUAACUGUCAGUAGCAGAAAAGAGACGAGAAGAGGAGCGAUGAGAGGGGAGCGAUGGAGACGCAGCGCUGCAGGGACCUCAGGAGGAUCAGGACACAACUAACUUCAACCUGAAGCUGUAUGCAGCGCCUGACAGACCGCACUCAGGGCAAACCCGCCACAGCCCCAGGGACUAAGGGGAAAUAGGAGAAAAAGGGAAACUUUGCUUUUGAUCAGGUUUUUAUAGCCAUAGAUAUAUUAGAACAUAAGGGUUGGUGGUUUGAAGCCAUUUAAGCAGCUAAUUAUGAUCGACUGAAAGAAAUUAUAUAAAUAAUGUGCACAAUGUUAAAAUAGAUAAUCAAUUAAUCAUAAUUCAUUUUGUCCAUCGUGUUUUAAAUUCUAAUCCAUAAUGUUUUGUUGAAUAUUAUUUUCCUUGUAUUGUUCUUAAUUUGCAUGUUUCCAGGGUAAAUACUGUUAUAAAAACAUUAAUUAAACAUUUAAAUCAUGGUGGUUCCUCUGAACACUGUUUUAAGGACAGAUAAAAUGAGAUUGACUUUUUAA